UAACGCUUGAGCCGGAAGUCGCUUUCUCCUGGGGUUGCCGGUGCUGUUGCCUGUGUGUAGAGCUGCCGGUGCCGUCGCAGCCAUGCCUAUGAAGGGCAGGUUCCCUAUUCGGAGGACGCUGCAGUACCUGAGCCAGGGCGACGUCGUCUUCAAGAACUGCGUGAAGGUGAUGACGGUGAACUACAACACGCGCGGAGAGCUCAGCGAGGGCGCCAGAAAAUUUGUGUUUUUCAACAUACCUCAGAUUCAGUACAAAAAUCCUUGGCUGCAGAUUGUGAUGUUUAAAAAUAUGACUCCCUCACCAUUCUUAAGAUUCUACUUGGAUACUGGAGAGCAAGUCCUUGUUGAUGUGGAAGAGAAGACUAACAAAGAGAUAGUAGAACACAUUAAGAAAAUUCUUGGUAAAAGCGAGGAAACAAUCCGGGUAGAAGAGGAGGAAAAGAGGCGAUGGCAUCCUGCAACAUUUGGUCCCAAAAAAUACCACUUGCGGGAAUGCAUGUGUGAAAUUGAUGGCCAGGUUCCCUGUCCUGGUAAGGUGCCACUACCAAAAGAGAUGACUGGCAAAUAUAAGGCUGCCAUGAAAGACGUUUCCUAACCCGCCUUUACACCAAGCUUCUCCACAGCAGGAAUUAAAGAUUGCAGAGUAAUAUGAAGCUAACUGAUUAGAGACGUGAUGAGAAUACGGUAUUGCAUGAGACUUAUGGAAAGAAAGUAGAUGGGCUUAAUUCUUUCACUGCUGUAUGCUGAAUGGUAAAUAUUUUAUAAAUGCUUUUUUAAAAAAAAACAAAAAACAAAUUUUGGGUCACAUUAUUAUGCCAACUGUAGUUCUCUAUCUGUGGAGGGAGGGCACAGAUUUCCGUUUCACGGGAAAACGGGGCUUGGAUUAUGUCCAUGUUGUAUAAUGCAGUUCUAUAGGAACAGAGAAAAAGAUUUUAACAGGGAACGCUGAUUCCUUUUCCAAAAAUUGCUUUUAUUUGAAGAACGUACAUUUUAACUGCCUACAAA